CAGACGGUGCUAGAGCUAUGUGUGGUAAAAAUAGUAGUAUUGUAACACGAAUGCUUAAAGUUAGUCCGAAUGCAUCAUGGACUCACUGCAACAUUCACAGGGAAGUUUUAGUGUCGAAAAAUCUGCCGGAUAACUUGAAAAUCGUGUUGAACACUUCUGUAAAAAUGGUCAAUUUCAUUAAAACAAGGCCACUGCAAUCACGAUUAUUUGAAAAGUUGUGUGAAGAGAUGGUAUGUUCUCAUAAAUCUCUUCUUUUGCACAUUGAAGUACGUUAGCUGUUAAGAGGAAAAGUAUUAACAAGACUUGUGGAAUUCCGCGAAGAAGUUGCACUGUUUCUAAAAGAAAAAACUAAUCUGGCAAAAUCGUUGCACGAUGAAGAUUUUAUCUUGAAGCUCACGUAUUUAACCGACAUAUUUUCGAAACUGAACGAACUAAAUUCAUAUUUACAAGAAACAGAAGGAGCUGAUAUAUUUGCAGUCCAUGAAAAAAUUAG